GGGGACAGGGAGGAGCUGACCAAGGAUGAGAUCCUGCAAAAAAACCGGGAGGAAUUCUUCAAGAGACACAUGAAAGCGGGCGAGAAGUCCAGCAAAUCUCCCAAACCCGAAACCCAGAAGGAGAAAGGGAAGAAGCCCCGAGUGUGGGACCUGGGGAACUCUAAUGCCAAAGUCCUGGAUUACAGCAACUCCGCUACCAACGGCAGCGCCGAGGCUUGUCCCAUGGAGGAGUUCGACCCCGAUAGCGCCCUCGGGGAUCGCAAUCGGGAGCCCGGCCGCCUCUACGACCUCGAGUACGAGAGCGACGACGAAGCCGAGGAGGAGAAGGUGGUCCAGAACCCUUUGAAGCCCAGCGCGAAGAAGGGCGGCCUGGGGGGCAUGUUUGGGAUGCUGAAAGGCCUGGUGGGCUCCAAGAGCUUGACCAGAGAGGACAUGGACCCCGUCCUGGAGAAGAUGAAGGAUCACUUGAUCGCUAAAAACGUGGCGGCGGAGAUCGCGGUGCAGCUCUGCGAGUCGGUGGCCAAGAAACUGGAAGGGAAGGUGAUGGGGACGUUCACCACCGUGACCUCCACGGUGAAGCAGGCCCUGCAGGAAGCCCUGGUGCAGAUCCUGCAGCCCCAGCGCCGCGUGGACGUCCUGCGCGACGUCAUGGACGCCCAGCGCCACCGCCGGCCCUACGUGGUCACCUUCUGCGGUGUCAACGGCGUCGGGAAGUCCACCAACCUGGCCAAGAUCUCGUUCUGGCUCAUCGAGAACGGUUUCAGCGUCCUCAUCGCCGCCUGCGACACUUUCCGGGCCGGAGCGGUGGAGCAGCUGCGCACCCACACGCGGCGCCUCAACGCCCUGCACCCUCCGGAGAGCCACGGCGGGAGGACCAUGGUGCAGCUCUACGAGAAGGGCUACGGCAAGGACGCGGCGGGGAUCGCCAUGGAGGCCAUCUCCUACGCUCGCAACCAGGGCUUCGACGUGGUCCUGGUGGACACGGCCGGCCGCAUGCAGGACAACGCUCCCUUGAUGACGGCCUUGGCCAAGCUCAUCGCUGUCAACGCUCCCGACUUGGUCCUCUUCGUCGGGGAAGCGCUGGUGGGAAACGAGGCGGUGGAUCAGCUGGUCAAGUUCAACAAGGCCCUGGCUGACCACUCCAUGGCCCAGACGCCGCGGCUCAUCGACGGGAUCGUCCUCACCAAGUUCGACACCAUCGACGACAAGGUCGGCGCUGCCAUCUCCAUGACGUACAUCACGAGCAAGCCCAUCGUUUUCGUCGGUACCGGACAAACCUACUGUGAUCUGCGAAGCCUUAACGCCAAGGCCGUGGUCGCAGCGCUCAUGAAGGCCUAA